GCGCAAUUUUGAUGCGUGACCUGGGCGCCAUUUUCGAUUGUUACGUAUAUUCUGAAAGCACUCUUGUUUCUUCACAAUUUUUGCAACGUUUUCAAUGAAAUUUCAAUGUCAAGUAGUGAAUGGGUUAAUGUUCCGAAGAAAAUUAUUUGAAAAUAACAAGAGUACCUUAAGAUUUGAUUUUUUAAAAUUAUUAUACAUUUAAAAAAAUAAGGCGUAGAUUUCCUAUACAGGCAAUCCCAUUUUCAAUUUUUGUAAUUUAUUUAUUUUUUAAAUUAAAUUAAUGAGUUGAAAGAAUUUUCUAGAAAAAAUAGUUCUCGCUCUGAUUUCACAAUACAGUUUCGUAAUGACCUCGCCGAGUAUUGUAUGUAAACCUCAAUGUGUUUCGUUUUGGAAUAGAGAAAUGCGGUUAGGUUUUUGUUCCAAUGUGUUACAAUGCCUCGAAGCAAAAAACAGAAUCGCAGAGCAUAUGCAUUACUUGUUGAGAGGAUUCGAUGUCUGAUUCAUACAGCAUUGGCUUAUCGUAUGACUCCUUUGAAUGGAACAGAUAGAGAAGGUAGGAGCACACGUGACAGACAGGAUGGCCGUAAGUGGUAUCUAACAUCUCUGCCGAGGAAGAGGAAAUGUGGUCAUGAUCUGGAAGACUGGACAGGCCCAGGCAACCUACCGCUGCAAGCUCUCAACCUGCCGAGGUGUCCUCGACUCCAAGAUGUACUGCAGGGCUUCUCCCUUAGACCAUGUUGUUAUAUUCAUAUUCAUAGUCGGCCGCUUGUUUCUUGUGAAUCGUCGAAACAAGGUUUUGUUUCGGUGAGGUUGCUGUUGGGUGGAACUUUCCCUACACAAAUUGGCAGCUUUUUCUCACAGCCAUUGAACCCAACCGUGCUUCUGUAA